AUGGUGCCGCGUCCCUGGAGUACUACUUCGAAUGACGGGCUAACGAUCCAAGAGGCAUCGGAGGCAGGUGCGCGGUCGGCUGGAAGGUCGCCGACUGCAGGAGAGCACAGUGAGAGACCUGUCGCGUCGUGGAGCUCUGAGGGAACUUUCACGACAGGCCACGGGGCCAGCGACGACCAGGAGGGCUACGAAGAACAGUUUGCCGUUCCCGAUGUGACUCCCGGCAAGGGAGCCGCGAAGGGCCGCGACGUAAGUCGCGGUCCUACUGGUCGGAAGCCUGCAAAGGCCGACGACCAACAACAACCCACCGCCAAGGCCGCCGCCAAGCGCAAGUCGCCCAAGAGGAGGAAGAAGAAGAAGCCGCGCGCGCCGGACUCGGCGGAAGCGUCGCUGUCCAAGCCACAAGGCAAGGACGCGGGGUGCCAGUACACUGUCGAAGAGGUGCGGUACGUCGUGGCGCGUACUGAGCUCUUCCGGCUGCUGGAGCAAGACCCGAUCUUGGUCUUCCUCCAGCCCAUGCUGAUGAGCAACUUCAGGGGCCCCUUCGUCGCGCCGGACUUCGAUAGUCUCAAGCAGGAGCCCUUGACGAUUCUAGCCGGAUCCGUCAAACAAGACGCGACAAGUUUCUCAGCGGGCCAAGAAGCGCCAAGUUCCUCGACGGGCUCAGCCCAGACCUCGACGACCACGCCCUCGCCGCCACCUCGAUACCAAUCGAGUGUGGAAUUCAAUAGCAGCUUCGAGUCGCGCAAGCGCAAGUCUCCGGAGAAGCUCUGCGCGCCGGAUUCAGCGGAUGGACCGCCGGUCUAG